UCUCCCCGUCUGUCCGGACUCACGUGUACUCUGACGCUGCUCCUCUUCUCUGCCUCCCCACACCGCCUUUCACUCCACUCACCAAUAUCGCUUCGAUUCUUGAUUCUCUGAGUCGAAACUCGAUUGAUUGAUCCCAGAAGAGAGGAAUUGAAUCCCGUAAUGUCCCUUCUCCAAUUCUCCUUGCCCUCGCCCUCCUUCGCCACUGCCAUCCCUCAUCCCAAGCUCAAACCUAAUAACACUGGCCCAAACCUCUCCUUCGUCAACGGCAUCACCACCCUGUCCCGGAGAUCCGAUCGCUUAUUAAGGGUGGUUUUGCCGGCGGGGUCAUCGAGGAGGCAUGGGAGGCGAUGCCGAGGGACUGUCUGCUACACCGCGCCGGUCAGUCCCCAGACGCUGCAGUGGGUUUCCGCUGUCUCUGCCGCGGUAUUAAUGCUGGCUAAAGGCACUACCAUCCAAAAAUCAUUUCUUGUUCCUCUGUUUGCUCUACAAGCACCUGCGAGCAUCAUCUCAUGGAUUAAGGGCAAAUAUGGCACUUGGACUGUUUUUCUGGCACUUCUGGUCCGCUUAUUCUACUUCAUUCCAGGGGAACUGGUUCUGCCUUUCUUAGCAAUGCUGCUUGUGAUAGUGGCUCCUUAUCAAACUAUGAGCCUUAGAGGAACUCAAGCUGGUACAAUUAUUUCCUUGGCAAUCGCUGGGUUUUUGGCUUUUCAACAUUUCUCAAGGAUGGGAAGUUUACGAAGAGCAUUUGACCAAGGAUCAAUUGUUGCAACCUUGGCUGUCAUCUGCAUUACUAUUGUUCCAUGCUUGUUUCUGUUAUGAUCUUAUUUGCAUCAAGAAGCCUUCAAGUGGAUAAGGAAAUGAAAAAAGCUGUUGAAGAAGACUAGCCCUCUCGUAGCUUUCUGAAAAGGUUCCAAAAGUAAGAUCUGUGAUGAUAUAUGUUGAAAGAUAAGUGAAACAUCAUUUAUAGAGCUGUCCAAAAUUUUCAAGAGUUAAGCAACAAGUAUUAGAAUCUCUGCAUAUGAUGAUAUAUAUUGUGAUUUACAUGCUAGUAUCAUAAAAACUUCAAGGAAGUGCCAUGAUUUUAUUAUUAAUUUGAUCUCCCUUUCUUAUUGCA